AUGGUCGUGCCAGUAGUUAUAUCCGGCUCCGAGUCUGUUCCCAUGACGGAGAAGCGGAUGGGUACCAGCUCAGUGAUUAGUGAACUUCGCAUCUCUUCCAUCUCUGUCAAUCGAAAUGGGGAUGCUGUGAGUUUCACUAUCGAGCUGUCCACUGACGGGCAUGUUGCUGCGAAAAUAUGGGCUUCGAGAUAUGGACAAGUGAGAGAGCAAGGAGCAGAAGUGUCAGACUCUAACCAGACAACCACAGCCGAAACACAAUUGACAACAGGAAGCCAGAGUGGUGCGGGUGCUCUGCACCUGAGCCAAUGGUGGCCAGAUACCAGGAUCUACGUGUAUCAUUUUGCAAACGAUAAGCUGCAGUAUUUUGACUUUACUGCCGUCCAUCAUCACAUGCACUGGCUACAAUAUCCAUCCGGAGCAGUGUCUGUCACAGGCUGGUGGCCAAGACACCAUUCUUGGGAUCAGUACGACGCACGUCUACUGGCAGUCGAGGCUGCUCCGAUUGAAACUGCGCACCCAGUCUUUUCCAUACUGUCUACUGAUGACGGAGAACUCGAAGAUGGAGGAGUUCUAUCUAAGCCGAAGAUUAUUGAACAAUUUGCAGUGAAGGCUAGCUCACCUGUGAACGUGGUAAACCGAACAGAUGGAGUCGCAAGUCAAGGAAGUAGAUCCUCCAGCAGACUGGCGCCUCGUUCAGAGCACAUUCGAUGCAUCAAAAACUCUAAGGAGGCUCCCACUCUUAUUGUGUCCAUGUUUGCCGGGUCAGAACAGACCAGUCCGAUCGUCCAAGAAUCCUAUCCAAUGGCUUGGCAUCACAGCAAAUUUAUUGGCCUGGAAGUCCCCUACUUUUACUUUGCUGUUCGGUGUGACCUUGUUUAUCGGCUCAUCAGUGAGCAGACUCAAAGAGAGCGACAGUUGGCCAAGAGCGGACGUCACCUGGUCAGUCAUUCUGCUGGGGCCGAACUUAACAAAGCGUUGACCACGCUAGGAGAAGCCUGCUCAUCAGGUGACAAACUAUCGGAUACGACAACGCCGGAUAAAAAUGAAACCACAAAUAUGACGGCGUCAGUCAACAACCACAACAUACACUACAUCAAUCGGCGAGUUAUGAGGGAUUUUGUUGACCUGGAGCAUGCGGACUCGGGCACUAGAGAAGCAAUCCUAGCUUUCAGCUACUAUUUAACGAUGGGUGAGAUGGAUGCUGCGUUCAAGGCGAUGAAGCUGAUCAAGAGCCCUGCAGUAUGGCAG